GAGGUGCUGGACAAGGUUUCCAACGACAAACACGCAUGGCCCUUCGAGGAGCCGGUUGACGCGAAGAAGUUGAAACUGAAGGACUAUCACAAGAUUGUGAAAGAGCCCAUGGACUUGUCCACGAUCCGGUCGAGACUGCAAGGAGAGGAAUACAAGCGGGUAGAAGAAGAAUUUCACAGAGACAUGCACCUGGUCUUCGACAACGCCCUACUCUUCAACCAUGAAGGGGAUCCCAUCCACGAAUACGCCGAGCAGCUCAAAAUGAAGUUU